CCUUUCCUGUUUAGGGUAUCAGUGCAUUCCUUGUUAAAAUGCCAACUCCUGGUCUGUCUCUGGGGAAAAAAGAAGACAAGCUGGGUAUCCGAGCCUCUUCCACAGCCAAUCUGAUCUUUGAGGAUUGUCACAUUCCAAAAGAAAAUCUUCUAGGACAACCAGGAAUGGGUUUCAAAAUUGCUAUGCAAACAUUAGAUUCAGGAAGGAUUGGAAUUGCAGCACAGGCACUUGGAAUUGCACAGGCUGCUCUAGAUUGUGCUGUAGAUUACGCAGAGAAGCGUUUUGCUUUCGGGGCACCUAUCAGCAAACUGCAAGCUAUCCAGUUCAAGCUGGCAGACAUGGCAGUGGCUCUAGAGGGUGCAAGGCUGCUCACCUGGCGAGCGUCCAUGCUAAAGGACAACAAGAAGCCCUUCACAAAGGAAGCUGCAAUGGCAAAACUUUCUGCAUCCGAGGCUGCUACACGUAUCGCCCAUCAGGCCAUUCAGAUUUUGGGAGGAAUGGGAUAUGUGACAGAGAUGCCUGCUGAGAGACAUUACCGUGAUGCACGGAUUACAGAGAUCUAUGAGGGCACCAGUGAGAUCCAAAGGCUGGUGAUAGCUAAUCAGCUGCUUAAAGAAUACAGAAGCUAGGAUCCUACCAGAUGAUGCUGCCUACAGCCAACAAGACAGACUUUUAAUAAAGACAUUUAAACCGCACAACGCCUUCUAUUAAAUGAGCAAAUGUUUUAUAGCACCAAUGUGCCUAGUUAUCCCCCCAGGAUUCCUGUAUCUCUUUCUGGAUAAUGUUUAACAAGACACAUUAACCAAGGUUAUUGUGAAGAUUGUUGCAAAAGAGUAAAUAUGAUCAAACCAUUUUAAAUACAAACUAUUUAAUUAUA